CACAAUUCCAGUGAAGCAUUUACAACCGUGCUGAUUAUCCUGCUUGCAUUUAUGAUCCCUUUUCGUUUCCCUCGCACCAUUGCAAUUUUUUAACGUGUAUUUUUUUUUCUUGAUUGAAGUUGAACUCUUUUUAAUUUGAGGUUAAAGUUUCUUUUUUUAAAAAACGGUAAACUUAUUCCAACAUGGGUUUUCUUGGGUUGAAUUCCCAUGUUCUACGUAUGACUAGGGAUAAACAGGAAUCUCUCCUUACCUUAAGUAUUCUUUCAUUAGCUGCUGUGUUGUCAUUUGCAACUCGACUUUUUUCUGUCUUACGUUAUGAAAGUGUCAUUCAUGAGUUUGAUCCUUAUUUCAACUAUCGGACCACAAAAUACCUUACUGAAGAAGGGUUUUACAAUUUUCACAACUGGUUUGAUGACAGAGCGUGGUACCCUCUGGGCAGAAUCAUUGGUGGUACUAUCUAUCCUGGCUUAAUGGUUACCUCUGCUGCUCUUUUCCGAUUGAUGUGGCUACUCAAUGUUACUAUCGAUAUUCGAAAUGUGUGUGUUUUUUUGGCUCCUUUCUUCUCCAGCUUGACAACAAUUGUUACAUACCGUUUGACCAAAGAGCUUUGGGACUCAGGAGCAGGUUUAGUUGCUGCUGUAAUGAUUUCAAUCGUUCCUGGUUAUAUUUCUCGUUCUGUUGCUGGUUCUUAUGACAACGAAGGAAUUGCUAUAUUUUGUAUGCUCCUAACCUACUACAUGUGGAUCAAAGCGGUCAAAACAGGCACCAUUUACUGGGCGACUCUUGCUGCAUUAAGUUACUUCUACAUGGUCUCAUCAUGGGGAGGAUAUGUUUUCCUAAUCAAUCUUAUCCCUCUACACGUCUUAGUUCUGAUGCUUACUGGCCGGUUUUCACACCGGAUUUACUCAGCGUACAGCACUUUGUACUGUGUUGGUACUUUGCUUUCCAUGCAAGUGAGCUUUGUUGGGUUUCAGCCAAUCCAGACCUCUGAGCACAUGCUUGCUCUUGGUGUCUUUGGUCUCUGUCAGAUUUAUGCUUUUGUUGAGUACCUCAAAAGUAAACUGAACAAAGAUGACUUUGAUGUUCUCUUUAAAGCUCUUGUAUGGGGUAUUGCUGCUCUCAGUUUGCUUUUUGGAGCAGUACUCACUUUGAGUGGCAAAAUUGCCCCAUGGACUGGUCGCUUCUAUUCCCUACUAGAUCCCUCAUAUGCCAAAAAUAACAUUCCAAUCAUUGCAUCCGUUUCUGAACAUCAGCCUACAUCAUGGAGCUCAUUUUAUUUUGAUCUACAAAUUAUGGUGUUCUUAUUUCCAACUGGAUUGUACUUCUGCUUUUCUAAAUUAACUGAUGCCAAUAUUUUUAUCAUAUUGUACGGUGUGACAAGCAUUUACUUUGCUGGUGUCAUGGUGCGUUUAAUGUUGGUUUUGGCUCCUGUCAUGUGCAUCUUGUCUGGCAUUGCUGUGUCAGCUAUGCUCACAAUCUACAUGAGACAAGUUGACCCCUCUAAAAAUGUUGAUAAAAAAAUCAAGAAAUUUGACAAUUUUUCAAUGAAGAGUGAGAUUGCCACUGCUUUUGUUGGAAUGAUUACCUUCUUGCUUAUAUCAUAUACCUUCCACUGCACUUGGGUUACAUCUGAAGCUUACAGUUCUCCAAGUAUUGUGUUAUCUGCUCGUUCUCAAGAUGGUUCCAGAGUCCUCUUUGAUGAUUUUCGAGAGGCAUAUUAUUGGUUGAAAAUGAAUACUCCAGAAGAUGCUAAAGUUAUGUCAUGGUGGGAUUAUGGAUAUCAGAUAACAGCUAUGGCAAAUAGAACAAUUCUUGUUGAUAACAAUACUUGGAACAACACCCAUAUUUCUCGUGUCGGACAGGCAAUGGCCUCUACUGAGGAGAAAGCAUAUGAAAUAAUGCAAGAGUUAGAUGUUGAUUAUGUUCUUGUAAUAUUUGGAGGUGUCAUAGGUUAUUCUUCUGAUGAUAUCAAUAAAUUUUUGUGGAUGGUGCGCAUUGGUGGUAGUACAGAGAGUGGCAGUCACAUCAAAGAAACGGAUUAUUAUUCACCUUCUGGGGAAUUCAGAGUUGAUAAAGAAGGAUCUCCUACAUUAUUGAAUUGCCUCAUGUACAAGAUGUGCUACUACAGGUUUGGUCAACAGUACACUGAAAUGGGAAGACCUGCUGGUUGGGAUCGAGUUCGUGGUGCAGAGAUAGGUAAUAAGGACUUUGAACUUGAUGUGUUAGAAGAGGCUUACACAACAGACCAUUGGUUAGUACGGAUUUACAAAGUUAAAAAUAUGCGCAACCGGGGAAUUUAAACAGGUUUGGACAGUAUUAACAUUUUGGCAUGGUCUUAAGGGCUAUUUUCCGUAAUGUCUUAUUUUCGUGUUUUUGACUCUCAGUUGUAUUACUUUUUUCAUCUAUCAGUAUGUAGUUUAAUCUUGAUGUACGCCUGUUAGGGUUGAUGAUGCGCCUCUUGCAACUUUCAUCAUUAUGAUAUGAUGAUUAUUUGUCUUGUUUUUACUUUCAACCAAUAUCUGUUAACACUAAACCCGUGUAAAUGAAUUCCACUGCCCCCUCUGGACCUUUAUUUAAAAAAUCAACAUUUGACCUACAAAUGUUUUUUAGUCGUUUACUUAAAGGUUAGUGAGUAUAACAUGAAGUCGUGCAGAGAUCAUGGACGAUCUAAUCAUGUUUAGCCAAUAUCUCCCCAUUUAAAGUAAACACUUAUUUAGAAAGAUAACCAGAUCUAAUUUUUUAAAAAAACAAUUCAAAAAAUACAAGAAAAAUAAUAAAAACAUGUACAAUUUAGCUCUUAGUCUUUGGUGCUCAAACUUCCCUACUCAAUCCAGGAAUCUAACUUUUAAGUAGGAGUUAGUUAAAUCUUCCAAUUUUUUUCAGCAGUCAUCUUUGAGGAUUGUCUAUCAUUCUAAACCUGAACCGGAGUUAGUUUGCAGGUUCAGUACAUUAGUGAGAUCUCUAUGUGUUUGACACCUUGUGAUGCCUGAAUGAUGAGAUUUACUAAUGAAGGUGAUGAUUCAUCCACAAUCAUAUGAGCUCUUCUUUGCUUUAGCUUUAACGCACACUCGUUUUUUUUUACUAAAUUUACUUUUUCCUAUUUAAAUAAUAUAUCAGCUUUGAAGUGAGUGAAGGGCAUAACAUUGUUUAAAUACUCUCAUUUGAUGAUAUGCGAGUUUGAUAUAAUAUAUGUAUUUUAAGUGUGUAGGUGCCUAGUCAUGACAGACUUGACAUUUACCUUAUUUGUAGUUUUGUAAAUUUCUGAUUCUGGGUAUAGACUAUGUUUUGAGAGCCAGAAUGUGAAAGAAAAUUUCUCUUCUCAUUGGUUGUUAUUAUAGAGGUGCCCUUUAAAAAGAAAAAACACAUGAAAACAUGCUAAUCUCCAAAAUUUUGAUCCAUACCAUGGAAAAUUGAGUUUGGAGCCUGCUUUUAUUACAUCAGAAAAGUUGUAUGUUUGUAGAAGUGGGGUUCUUAUAGUCUUAAUUUGUAAAUAAAGAUAUACCGCUGUUGACUGGUACAAAUUCUUGCAUGGUACCUCAUGUGAAAUGAAUUCAAUCUACACUGUUUUGUAUCAAUAUUAAUAUUCCAUUAAAUCAGCUUAAAACAAUGAA